AUGAUGGCCACAUCAUCACGAUCAACGAAUGAUUUAAACGCUUCUUCAAUAGCACUCAAAGAUGUAUCUUUAUCCACCGCGAAAAAGUUUGGACGCCGGUUCUUAUCGAGCUCCCCUAUUCCACCAAGCAGAAAUCCAGUGCACGUAUCCUCAUCACCGAUGACGGCAAUCAGUUUACCGCGAGCAGCAGAAAUUGCCAUGGUGCGAAAGUGA